AUGUCUCUCAGCUCGAGCGCUGUGGCUGCUUCAUCGGCUGCAGCCUCCGCCUCCGCCUCCAUCGCGGCGGUGAGUGCGGGGUCUGUCGCGGCUAACAUUCUCGUGAUCGCUCGAGACACUGCCUCAGCCGGUGUUGCGUCCUCUGGACUGAAUGCUUAUGGCAUUCCCUUCACCACUCUUGUUGUCCCGCAGACUGGAGCCAGUCUGCCUGCGCUCAACAGCUCCACCGGGGGAAACUUCGGAGGUAUUGUUGUUGCCAGCGAGGUCAGCUAUGACUAUGGCACCUCGGGCUAUCAAAGUGCGUUGACUACCGACCAGUGGAACCAACUCUAUGCCUAUCAGCUGGAGUAUGGUGUGCGCAUGGUACAGUACGACGUCUAUCCGGGCCCCAGCUAUGGUGCCAGUGCCGUCGGCGACGGAUGCUGUGACACCGGUGUGGAACAACUGGUGUCAUUCUCCGAUAUCAGCGACUUCCCCACUUCGGGCCUGAAGACGGGUGCCGGUGUCAGCACCAGCGGCCUCUGGCACUAUCCUGCUACCAUCAGCGAUACCAACACAACCAAACAAAUUGCUUCGUUUGCCUCCAACUCGGUCGUGACCAGUGACACGACUGCUGCGGUGAUCAACAACUUCUCUGGCCGUGAGCAAAUGGCGUUCUUCAUUUCCUUCGAUACCACCUGGAGUGCUACCUCCAACUACUUGCAGCACGCCUGGAUUACCUGGAUCACGCGCGGUCUCUAUGCUGGAUACCGCCGUGUUAACCUGAACACUCAGAUUGACGACAUGUUCCUCGAGACGGACAUUUACUACCCGAAUGGAACUACCUUCCGUAUUACCACCAAUGACUUGGCGGGCAUCACCAGUUGGGUGCCUCAGAUCAAUGCCAAGAUGCCCUCUGGUAGCAGUUAUUUCGUUGAGGUCGGUCACAACGGCAAUGGCAACAUUGAGGCGGCCGCCGAAACCAGUGAUGCUGGUUAUGAUGAGUGCAAUGGCGGUGGUAUCGAGUAUGAUUCCCCUGCUGACACUCCUCUGGAGUUCCAGAAGCCUCUGGGAACCGGUACCAACCUCUGGCCUGCGACCCCGACCACGUACGACUGGUCGAGCGCUUGCACCAAGCUUGAUGACCUUCUCAACUGGUGGACCACUUCCUCCAACUUGAACGCGUGGGGUCAUAUCUCCCACACCUUCACGCACGAGGAGCAGAACAACUCGACCUACUCGGAUGUGUUCAAGGAGAUUUCCUUCAACCAGGCGUGGCUGAAGCAGACGGGAAUUGAUGCCGCUCAGCACUUCACCUCCAACGGUAUCAUCCCCCCCGCUAUUACUGGACUGCACAACGGCGAUGCUCUUCAGGCCUGGUGGGAUAACGGUAUUACCAACUGUGUCGGUGACAACACCCGCCCCGUCCUCUUGAACACGGAGAAUGCCAUGUGGCCGUUGUUCACCACCGUUGCUGCCAAUGGCUUUGCCGGUAUGCAAGUGAACCCCCGCUGGGCGACCCGCAUCUACUACAACUGCGACACUCCUGCGUGCACUGUACAGGAGUGGAUUGAUACCUCGGCUGGCAGCGGCGACUUCGAUACUCUUCUGUCCACGGAGAAGGCUGACACCAUGCGUCACCUGUUUGGUCUUUACCACGACCCUUACAUGUUUCACCAGGCCAACCUCCGCAACUAUGAUGUUGACCCGAUCACUAUCAACGGCGUGUCGGCGAAGUACUCCAUCAUGCAGGCUUGGGUUGAGACCGUUGUGCAGGAGUUUGUGCGCUUGGCUGACUGGCCCAUUAUCACUCUGAAGCACCAGGAUAUGUCUGCUGGCUUCCUCGCUCGUUACAACCGCGACCAGUGCGGCUAUGCUCUCAGCUACGUCAUCUCGAACCAGCAGAUCACGGCGGUGACCGUGUCUGCCACCGGCAACACCUGCAGCGAGCCCGUGCCUGUCACCUUCCCUGUGGCGCCGACCAGCACCCAGGGCUUCACCACGGAGCAGCUGGGCAGCGACCCCCUGACCGUGUGGGUGCAGCUCUCGGGCUCGCCGGUGACCUUCACUCUCUCGACUCCGAUCGCGCUGUGA